ACCCACCACCAAUACCUUCCAGAAGUUAUUAUCAGCUCCGCUAAACCCCUCUCUCUCUCUGUAAUAAAUACCCAUCUGUUUAUUUUGUAUAGAGAGAUAUUAAGUGAAAGAUGAGCAACAAUGGUGGUGGUGGGCCUUGUGGAGCCUGCAAGUUCUUGAGAAGAAAGUGUGUGAAAAGCUGUGUGUUUGCGCCAUACUUUGACUCAGAUCAAGGGACAACUCACUUUGCGGCGGUGCACAGGGUGUUCGGAGCUAGCAACACCUCCAAGCUCCUCCUUAGGGUACCUCCGCACCGCCGUCUAGACGCUGUCGUUUCACUCUGCUAUGAAGCUUUAUCUAGGGUUAGAGAUCCUGUGUAUGGCUGUGUUGCUAACAUCUUCUCCCUCCAACAACAGGUGAACCGGAGGUUGGAGCGCGCUUUUGGAGGUGCUAGGGAGCGUUGGUGAAGAUUGCGGGACGAUUGGGCGAGAAUCGGAAGAAUUAGAAAAAUCAAGUUUGGACGAGCAUCCAGAGGGCAACACGGGGCAUGUUGGGUUUGCCUUAGAAUCCAACACGGGGCGUGUUUGACUAUCAAACAGUUUUUUGACUUCGAUGAACACGACCGGUGUUCAUUUAGCCUAUAUGGACACGGGGCGUGUUGGGCUAGCUGGGCAUUUUUGAGCAUCGUACUUCAAAUUUGGAAUCGAGAACUAAAGGGUUGGUUUACACUCGACACGACCCAUGUUGAUUUGCUCUAUUUCGAUACGGGGCGUGUUCGACGUAAAAACUGUCUUUUUGGCAGUUGUUCCUCUUUUCUUAUUACGGGAAUUAGGUCAUUUUGGGGGUAAGCAGAGCGGAGAAAAAGCAUUUUUGGGAGAAGGAGUUGAAGUUUUUAGCAAGGAUUGUCCGUUAAACAUUUGGAAAUAUUUUGAUUUCAUAUUUGUAAGCAUUUUAAUUCUUGAUUUCAUCUUCUAGAUUUCUAGUUUUGUUCUAGUCAUGUGUGGCUAGAACUCUAAUUUCUCCAACUCAUGUGUUGACUUUCUAGUUGUGAAUCUAAUCAUAUGACUUGAUGUUUGUUAUUAAUUUCUAUCUAAUGAAUUUGAUUUUGCUUCAA